UAAAACGAUUUAUAUUAAAAAACGGAGGGAGUAUUAAAAAUAUUUUCAUAUUAUUGGAAAGUAGCUGGUAUUUUCACCAUUUCCCUAUAAAUACAUGUGUUAUAGUGCUGGGUUCAAACAUUCUCAGCAGACGAACACUUCAAUUCUUUGUUCUUCACUUUUUUCUUUUGUUCUUCACUUAGGUUUUUGAGUUUCAACUAUGGAAUCAAAUCGUGUUAAGUUUCUUGAGAACAAGACCUUGCUCGUCACUGGCGCUUCUGGUUUCCUCGCUAAAGUUUUCGUGGAGCGAGUUCUGAGUUUGCAACCAAACGUGAAGAGGCUUUACCUCCUCGUAAGAGCAUCUGGUAAGAAAUCCGCGGAACAACGGUUACACAGUGAGGUUUUCGAGAAAGAUUUGUUUAGGGUGUUAAGAAACAAUAUUGGUGAUGAAACUUUAAACGCCCUAAUCUCGGAAAAGGUUGUUCCUGUUCCAGGCGACACAUCACUACACAAUAUGGGAGUGAGUGACUCUAAUCUUGUACAAGAUAUGAUGCAAGAGAUCGACAUUGUUUUCCAUGCAGCUGCCACCACAAGAUUUGACGAAAGAUACGAUGUUGCACUUCGGAUCAACACAUUUGGAGCACUCAAUGUCCUUAACUUUGCUAAGAAGUGUGUGAAAGCAAAAUUGCUUCUCCAUGUCUCAACUGCUUAUGUUUGUGGGGAAAGAUCGGGACUUAUACAAGAGAUACCUUUUGCAAUGGGAGAAACUCUUCACAGAAAAAACAAGGUAGAUAUCAAUAUCGAAAUGCAACUGGUAGAGCAAAAAUCGAAACAAUUCGUUGAACAAGGUUGUUCAGAAGAAGAAACUAAACAUGCUAUGAGAGAUCUUGGGUUGAAAAGGGCAAAGCUUUUUGGAUUGCCAAAUACAUAUGCCUUCACCAAAGUAAUGGGAGAGAUGUUUCUUGGACACUAUAGAGAAAACAUGUCUAUUGUAAUAAUACGCCCCACAAUGAUCACAAGCACUUUCUCGGACCCAUUUCCCGGUUGGAUUGAAGGCGUCAAAACUUUAGACACUGCGAUUCUAUCAUACGGAAAGGGAAUGCUUACCUGUUUUCUAAUUGAUCAAAAAGCAGCAUGUGAUAUAAUACCCAUUGACAUGGUGGCAAAUGCAAUGAUCGCGACCGCAGCCGAACACUUCAAUGAUUCAGGAAGUCAUACAGUUUACCAUGUCGCCUCAUCUUAUCGGAAUCCAAUAAUAUAUAAGCAAAUUGCUAAUAUUAUGAAUCGUUAUUUCAAGAAAAGCCCUCUGCUCGGUCGCAGUGGUAUGCCUAUAGUACCAAAAGAUUUAGUACUUUUAUCCACAAUGGCUAUGUUCCGUCUCUACAUGGGCCUUCGCUUUAAACUACCUUUGCAGGUACAUUUACAAAUCGCACGUGAAAUAGAUUUUUCUCUACGAAUGUUGGGAUUACUUAGCAUAACUUUCCCAUCACAAUUUGGAGAUAAAUAUCAACAUCACAACCGUAAAUUUAAGAUGGCCAUGAGAUUGGUGAAAAUUUAUGAGCCUUAUCUACUCUUCAAGGGCAUAUUCGAUGAUAAAAACCUGGAAACAUUACGAAUCAAGAAUGAAGCCAAAGAGAGGAACGACAUACCCGGGUUCAGCCCCAAAUUCAUUGAUUGGGAAGAUUAUUUUAUCAAUACACAUAUCCCUGGCCUCGUUACACACGUUCUAAAUAAAUAAACAAACUCCAAAUACAAGAAGUAAAAUAUUUUUUUAAAAAAAGGUAUUAUAUGAAGUCAAAUUUGAAGAUAUUGCAUUAUGUGGUUUAGCGUGCCUACAAUAUAUAAUAAUUAGUCAAUAUAAGUUCUAAAAAUAAUGUUGUCUACCAACAAAUCUUCGGGAAACCGGCCGAUUCAUGCAUCAACAGAGGCUAACGGUCCGGAUCA